AUUUACGACAUCGGGAAAAGUGCGCGGCAAAAGGAUUCAAAACAAAAACAUGUGGAAGAAGUUGUGAUCGACGAGGUAUGCUGUUAUUAAAAAGCUUUUAUCCGAUAUGAAAUUGAGGAGAGCAGGUGGAUGUGAAGGCUGGAGUGACGCCAAGCAGUGAGGUGACUUGGAGACCGAGGCACUGGCCAUGGGGUUACGCUCAGCCCAGAAGAAGCUGUUCCCCUUGCGGGGGAUAGAUGGGGUGCUGCAGCUGUUCGAUGCAGAGCUGCGCAAACCAGAACCAGACCUGGCACUGUUGUCCCUGGUUCUUGGCUUUGUGGAGCACUUUCUGGCUGUGAACCGGGUAGUGCCAGCCAACGUCCCUGGGGUGACCUUUGAGCCCCUGGAACCGGGCUGCCCCUCCUCCUGCUUCCCCACUGUGGAACUGGGCCUGAUUGCCGCGCUGCAUGAGCGGUUCACCGCACAAAUCCGUGGUGCCGUGGACCUCUCCCAGUAUCGUCGGCCUUCUGGGGGCUCCAGCCGUGAGCUGGUGAAGAAGGUGUCCGAUGUCAUCUGGAAUAGUUUGAGCCGUUCUUACUUUAAAGACCGGGCCCAUAUCCAGUCUCUCUUCAGCCUCAUUACUGGUACAAAACUGGACAGCUCUGGGGUGGCCUUUGCAGUAGUUGCAGCUUGUCAGGUGUUGGGUUUGUGGGACGUACACCUGGCACUCUCAGAGGACCACGCGUGGGUCAUAUUCGGCAAGGGUGGUGAAGAGACAGCUGAAGUCACGUGGCACGGCAAGGGGAAUGAAGACCGCCGUGGGCAGACAGUCAGCGCGGGAGUCAGUGAGAAGAGCUGGCUGUACCUCAAGGGCUCGUACCUGAAGUGCAAUAGGAACAUAGAGGUGGCCUUCAUGGUGUGUGCCAUCAAUCCCUCCGUAGACCUGCACACAGACAGUACUGAGCUACUGCAGCUCCAGCAGAGGCUGCUCUGGCUUCUUUAUGAGCGAGGAGACCUUGAGAGGUACCCCAUGGCUCUGGGCACUUUGGCUGACUUGGAGGAUCAGGACCCUCUCCCAGGUCGGGACAGCCCCCUGUCGUUGCAUCUGAAGGCUGUUGAGUCUGCCAAGAAGUACUACAACAACGAGCACAUCUACCCCUUCAUGUACUUGGCUGGGUAUCACUACAGACACAGAAACGUGCAAGAGGCCCUUGGAGCCUGGGCCGAAGCGGCCUCUGUCAUGCAGGAUUAUAAUUAUUUCCGAGAGGACGAAGAGAUCUAUAAGGAGUUUUUUGACAUCGCCAAUGAUGUGAUCCCCACCCUGCUGAAGGAGACAGCAGCUGCUGCAGAGAGUGGUGGAGAAGGAAGUGAAGAGGCAGAGGCUGGGGAACAGGAUGCACCCCAGCAGGCUGCUGCCCUAUCGGCUCUCCAAGACCCAGAAUGCUUUGCCCACCUUCUUCACUUCUAUGAUGGGAUCUGCAAAUGGGAGGAAGGCAGCCCUACACCUGUGCUGCAUGUUGGCUGGGCCACAUACCUGGUGCAGUCCCUCAGUCGUUUUGAUGCGCAGGUGCGUCAGAAGGUGACAAUCAUCACCAAAGAGCCAGAGCCCCAGGAUGAUGAUGACCAAUCCAGUGAUGACCCCCGUGAGGGGAGAAGGCGUGGUCCCCGGCGUGAAUCCAAAGCUGAGGAACCACCUCCACCCCCUUUACAGGCCGCAGCCCCACCCAGUCAGGGUGCAAUGCCUAAGAAGAUUGGAGGAGAGGGUGGUGGUCGCCGACGCUCCAACCCGGUGGCCCGUGCUGCUGAUUCAGAGCAGAGGGUCCGCGCAGGCUCACCUAGCCCUGCGCCUUCACCUGCCCCUACUCAGCCGUUACCUGGGGGUCCGAUGGUUAUUUUCCACAGUGAAAAGAUGAAGGGAAUGAAGGAGCUGCUCUCUGCUGCCAAAAUUAACUCCAGUGCCAUCAAGUUGCAGUUGACAGCACAGUCACAAGUACAGAUGAAGAGGCAGAAACCCAUGCCCUCCAGUGACUACACCUUGUCCUUCAUGAAACGCCAGCGCAAGUCCUUGUAGACUGUUAUCACCAAAACUUUUUUCUUCAUAAAAUAUACUGUUUAUUUUUUUGAUAGACGAUGUGAAGAGAAUUGCAUACCAUUUCCAAACUUUGCCAAAAAACAUCCACCAUUGAUACCCAGACAUGCACAGUUUCAAAGAGGGAGCCACUGCAAGAUUCAUAAUAUGUGGGAGACUGCUGCCUAUGUCACAAAAUGUAGCCCACUGGCUGUGGUUUGUUGUCAGAUUGUAUUUUUCUCUAAUUACAGUUUCAUUCUCAUUAAUAUUCCCUUUCACACCGUAAUCAGUAAACAUUUUAACUUAUGUAUAAUGAAAACUAGUACAUAAACAUGGUACAAACUCCAGUGUACUUUACUGAAAUGGGUUAGAAAAUAACUGAUAGACUUUAAGUAAUGAGUGUAGUUAUAAAUAUACCAAAUUUUCAUACAGUGGGUAUGCUUUUCAUUUUCCAGGUCUUGUUGAUUACUAGGUCACUUUUUCUUUUACCUGCUUCAUUAAUUCUUUAGCCAAAUGAAAUAUUUUUGACAACUCAGUUCCCUUGCAAUAAGGAUCCCUGGUGAUAGUUUAUGUAUUUUUGAAUUCUUUAAUUUUUAAUCUGCAUUUAGUGUUUAUUGUGUUUAAGAAUAGCAGGAAACGUUUAAUUCAUUGUAAAAGAUAAGGAUAAAAUAUUGAAAAUUAGAAGUAGACCAUGUAACUGUGUAAGAGGAGUAGCAGCGCUGUCCUCUAACCAUGUAUUUUACUUACAAAUGUCUUAUUUAGAAAUAAAUGCAUUGCAC